GACCUACGGUGUCCACAGAGGGUCAAACCGUACAGCGUUUCAAUCGAAAGCUGUACUUCCUACAUUAGAGUUACAGCUUCUACACGCUGUUAAUAUAUUAUAAUUACUAAACAUCAUAUAAAACACAAUGGAUGCACUUUCUGGCUCAUCAGAUAAGUAUGUUUUGGGCAUUGAUUUGGGAACUACCUCGAUCAAAGUUGUGUUGUUUGACACUCGAACCAAGACCGUGACAGAUAGCUGCAGCUUGCAGACCAACUCUGACGUAAUCGACGAGCACGUCAAGGAGCAGGACCCUGUGCAGAUCAUUGCUACUCUUGACCAGUGCAUGUGUGCUCUCCCCAAGGAAAAGCUGUAUGACGUCAUAUGCAUUGGGGUGUCAGGACAGAUGCAUGGGGUUUUGUUUUGGAAAUCUAACCCAGGUUGUGAGUGGUACAGUAGUCAAUUCAGUCACAGAUUCAGACCACAUGAUGUUAGUCACCUGAUCACAUGGCAGGAUGGCCGCUGCACUUGUGAUUUCCUGUCUUCGCUACCUAAACCUGAGUCACACCUAAAUGUGGCUACUGGUUUUGGCUGCGCCUCUAUUUUCUGGUACACCAAGAACAGCCCUGAAUUUCUUUCCAAGUUUAGUGUCUCAGGAACCAUCCAGGACUAUGUGGUGUCCAUGCUGUGUGGUUUGGAGGUCUGUCUUAUGAGCGGGCAGAAUGCUGCUAGCUGGGGCUACUUCAACACCACCACCAACCAGUGGAAUACAGAGAUUCUGAAAGAUGCAGGCUUCCCUGUGCACUUACUACCCCUGCUGGUGGAUUCGGGGUCAAUAGCUGGUCAGACCUGCUCUGAAUGGCACGGGAUUCCUGCUAACACACCUGUAGGAGCAGCUCUGGGAGACUUUCAGUGCAGCGUUUACUCUUGUAUGAUGGAUAAGAAAGAUGCAGUACUAAACAUGAGCACCUCGGCACAGUUGACAUUCUCCAUGCCUGCUGAUUUCACGCCUGCAAGGGUACCAGAUGCCCUCUCCCCUAUCGCCUACUUCCCGUAUUUCCACAACACCUACCUGGCUGUUGCAGCCACGCUCAAUGGAGGCAACGUUCUGGCAACAUUUGUAGGAAUGUUGACCUCUUGGAUGAAGGAAUUCGGAAUGGAAGUUGGUGACUCGGAAGUUUACUCCAAGCUGAUCGAGCGUGCCCUAACUCAAAGAAGCACUGACCUCCGUGUGACCCCGACCUUGCUAGGAGAACGGCAUGACCCUAGCAGUCUAGCUUUAGUGUCACACAUCACCCCAACAAACCUUUCACUGGCUCACGUCACCCGUGCCGUUUGCGCAGGGAUCGUGGCUAACCUCGCCGGCAUGAUGCCCCCUCAUGUGCUGUUGGCUGCAGGAGUGAAACGGAUUAUGGGGAGCGGAAGCGCACUGUCUCGGAAUGAAGCUCUGAGACAGGAAAUAGAGCAAGCAUUCCCAUUCCCUGUGGUCUACGGGAAAGACGUGGACUCAGCAGUCGGAGUGGCAAUGGUUUUUAAUGAUAAGCUGUUAGGAAAUUACUGAAAAGACUUGGCAAACACUACUGACACACAACACCUUUACACAUAUUGUUAUGUGUGUUGGUUGCUGUCUGUGUUCCAAAAUCCAUUAGCAUAUUUUCUAUAUUUUGGAUACAUAAUAAGAUUCCAUGUCAGUCUAUUUUGUUUACAUUCAUUCUUUGAGUGUUAAUUAAAUGCAGGGGAUUUUCACAUCUGGCAGAUGUUAUUUAAAUAUUGGAACUGUAAUUAUUGCAGUGUACAGCGUUAAUUUAUUAUCAAUACAAUAAUUUAUUACUAUUUCCUGAGUCAGAUAUCUAAUGGCAUUGAUUGCACUAGUAAAGCAGAUCAUUUGGCUUUACUUUAAUAUUUUGUAAUUCUGUAACACUAACAAUCUGUAUAUAUUUUUUUCACACUGAAAUUAAAUAAAAUUAAUUUCUACACAAAAAA